GCCGUGUUUAUUACUUCAACCACAUCACGAAUGCCAGCCAGUGGGAACGGCCCAGCGGCAGCGGGAAGAACGGCCAAGGGGAGCCAAGCAAAGUGCGAUGUUCGCACCUCUUGGUGAAACACAACCAGUCCAGAAGACCCUCGUCGUGGAGGCAGGAAAAGAUCACGCGGACCAAAGAUGAGGCACUGGAGCUUAUAAAUGGAGCAGGCCGCUUUGGGAAGGCGGAACAGCCGGACCUGCGGCAGAUAAACCCGGGAUAA